GGGCCAAGUUGGCUAAGACACUCGUCUAGGAAAGUCGAGAGGUUCGAACCUUAGCUAAGCGUAAUUUUGUCAAGCACAAUCGAUAAGGAAAUGAUAUCGAUUCCUUUUGCCAUUGUUACAUAUAAACAAUUUUGAGAUUCGACAAGUACAAACGUCAGUAUCAUGUCGUGGGCGAUUCGUUUGUGUGCUCUUUUGCUCCUUGCAAGCAGUUCUUUUGCUAAGAUUCAAAAUAAAUCAUGGUGGAAUAACACCGUUUUCUAUCAGAUUUAUCCGAGAAGUUUGUAUGACUCGGAUGCCGAUGGAAUAGGCGACUUAAAGGGGAUAACUUCAAAGUUGGAUUAUAUUGCGAAAACAGGCAUCAAUGCGAUUUGGUUGUCGCCUAUAUAUACAAGUCCCAUGGUUGAUUUCGGAUAUGACAUAUCCGAUUUUGUUGACAUCGAUCCAAUUUUUGGUUCAUUGGAAGACUUUAAAACUCUUUUGGCGCGCGCUAAAGAACUCGAUCUAAAAGUGGUUCUCGAUCUUGUGCCGAAUCAUUCGUCUGAUAAGCAUAUAUGGUUCCAAAAGGCUCUUCAAGGUCAUAAAAAGUACAAGAAUUAUUAUGUAUGGGCAGACGGCAAAAAUAAUGACAAAACGCCACCUAACAAUUGGAUUAGUGUAUUUGGUAGAUCCGCGUGGACUUAUGUAGAAUCACAAAAACAAUGGUAUCUACAUCAAUUUGAGUAUAGACAACCCGACUUAAAUUUUCGUAAUCCUAAUGUAAGAAAGGAGAUGUUGAACAUUUUGAAAUUUUGGAUGGAUUUGGGUGUAGACGGAUUCCGAGUUGAUUCGGCCCCAUUUAUUUACGAAGACUCAGAAUUGCGAGACGAACCUAAAAGUAACAUAGACGGUGCCACAUUGCAAGAGCAUACGUACUUGAAGCAUAUUUACACCAUGGAUUUAAUCGAUACUUAUAAGUUGUUUGGAGAGUGGCGAAAAUUCAUGGACUCAUAUGCUUCAAAACAUAAUCAGAAUCAGAAGUUGAUGUUGAUGGAGGCGUACAGCGAUCCUGAGCACACUAUGCAAUAUUAUAAUUACGACUUAAUUCCCUUUAAUUUCAAAUUUAUUACAAAUGUGAACGCAACAUCGUCUGCGCAAGAAUUUAAACAACAAAUAGAUCUAUGGAUGAAUUCGAUGCCAAGAGGUAAAAUCGCUAAUUGGGCGAUGGGAAAUCACGAUAAUCCCCGAGUUGCCUCUCGUUAUCCUAACAGAUCGGAUCAAAUGAUCAUGUUGUCUAUGAUCUUGCCAGGCUUGGCGGUGACAUAUAACGGUGAAGAAAUUGGCAUGGUGGACAAGAGAGAUAUAUCUUGGGAAGAUACGCAGGAUCCUCAAGGGUGUAUUGCGGGUAAAAAUAAAUUUAAGAGUACGUCCCGUGAUCCUGAACGCACGCCAUUCCAAUGGGACGCGACGAAACAUGCAGGUUUCAGUACAGCAAAUUCGACGUGGCUUCCGGUACAUCAAAACUAUAAGAAAUUGAAUUUGGCGAACCAGAUGGCAGCCGAUAAAUCGCACUAUAAGAUUUACAAGACCUUAGCCCAUAUGCACCGUACAGAACCGGCCCUUACUGAAGGAAGUUAUAAAUCAAUUACGACAAACAAUGACACUGUUCUAGGUAUAAUCCGAAACAAUGGUAGCCGCGUCGUGUUACUUCUGAUUAACUUCAGUGAUGAUGAACAACAAGUUGUCAAUUUGUCACGAGAAGAACUUCCUUCAAUAUUAAAGGUCAAAGUCUCCAGUAUGGGUUCUAAAGUGAAACAUGGGAAAUUAGUUGAUGUGAAGAGGAUAUCUCUACCUGCUAAAGCUACUGUAUGGCUAAGAAUAGCCAUAAAGGAUAUCCGUGUUGAUUUUAUAUCAUAUGCGGUGUUACCACAACGAUAUGGUAGACGUUACAACAGUGGGGAAUAUCUUCAGGGCCUAGGGAACAGAAUAGGAUCCGCUCUUAGCAAUAGCUUAGAAGAAAGCGAACUGACUACAACCCCUUCGACGCCAUCAUCAUCGCCGCAAGCACCUGCACUGCAGCCUAUCAAGACAGAAGAGCAAUUAGGACGGCGGAAACUCAGGCUUCCGAGAUUUGGCGCGGGAUUAUCCUACGAGGAUUAUGAGGCAAUAGCGCGACACAAAUUGGAACGACAGGGAAGCGCCAAUCUUUCCAGAACGCGAAAAUAUCCGCCUGGGAUGACUUACGAAGAGAUAGCAUCCUCCAGAUCAGUCUCAAGUAAGAAACAGGAGAACCGAAUUGAACAGGACGAUAUCAGUCCUGAUCGCGACAGCCAGGAAAGUAUAGAGCCCAUUCAGGAGCAGGACAUCAAAGCGACCGGGCCCGAUCCUUACGAGAAAUUGAAUUACAAAGCAGACAUGCCUUGCAGUAGUGAUUCUACGAGCGAUCAAGAUGGAUACGGACCCAGUACUAGUCUGGAUUCUAACAUGGAUGGUCGCAGAAUAUGGCAAAGAUCAGGUUCGUCGGGAUCUGUUCAAUCCUGGGCUUCGAGCUUAUCAGCUGAUAGUCAGUCGGAGGAAGCUGCCGCAGACUUCAUGAAAGCUUUUGUACCUUUACUAUUCGACGCGCCUAAUACUAUCGAUCAAGAACAAAAGGCUAAUUUUGGACAGAUGGUUUUGACAGAAUCGGGAAGAAUAUGGUUCUCCAGGGUAGUGAACGCGAGAAGAGCACGUGCGUGUGUUACAGAAGCUUCAUUUUAUUCCUUGGCGCAGCAUUUCGCAGUCGCACUGUUCGAAUGUCACGAAGCGGACGAUUUUGCCCCCGCUAAAAGUCUCAUGAACAUGUGCUUCACUUUCUAUCAUGAAGUGGAAGUUCCUGGAUUAGAGCCUUACCGUGAAUAUUUGUAUACACAUUUACGCGUUCAACCAAUAUGGACGUCUAUGAGAUUUUGGACAGCUGCUUUCUUUGAUGCAGUACAAUGUGAGCGAGCCUCACGACCGGUACCACCUCGACCGAAAUCCUUAGAUCAGGAAAGCAUCGCCGCCGAAGAUAGAAAGUUUCAAGCAAAUAUUGUCUUUGGACAAUUAGGGACUUUUACUUGCAACAUGCAUGCUUUCGGCCUGUCACGAGCUUUAUGCACAGAGUUCCUCCGGAAACAAUGUAUUAUAGCGAAUUUAACUAAAGAACAAGAGAAGAUGCUACGAGAUAACAUAGAUCGAAUGUUCGAUGAGACCGAGCCAUGGCGGUAGUUUGAAUGAACAGAUAAGAUUGAUUUUGAAAAUUGCUUUAAAGAAACAUUUUGCAAUGUUUCUUCUUGGAAAUAUUUCCGACGAAAUCGAAUUGUCUUCGAACGCCGAGAAAGCGAUGAAGUCAAUUAUGAAAACAAUCUUGUUAAUAACGUUGAUGUAUAAGUCGACAUUUGUUAAAUCUUUCGCGGUAUUCGACGCUGGACACGUCAAUUCCUAAGAUGCAAACACUGCACAGAUUCGCGCCUUAAAUUGUGAAAAGUAUAUUGAAUCUUAUGUUCUUGAAAAGAUAUGAAAGAUUAUGAAAGGAAAAAAAUUUUUCCAAAAUC